GGCGUGCGGGAUCCGAGUGGCUGCGGGCGGCCUGGGCUGCCCGGCCGACGCCUGCUGCGAGAUGGCGAUCUUGGGCACGGAGGGCUGAGGAGGCGCCGCCGCGGUGGCCGCGGGCCCCGGGAGCCGCAGCUUCGCGCGGGGUUGUAUCCUCACCAGACUAUGAGCUCCUUGACAGAAGAAAUCGUGUCUUAUUCAUCUUUGUAUCCUCAGUGUCUGGCACAAUUCCUGAUACAUAAGUCAAGGUGAAUUUUGGGACAUGGCCACUGCUUCACCAAGGUCUGACAGUAGUGAUAACCACAAUAGAAGGUUGCAGCUAAAGGUAACGGUUUCUAGUGCCAAACUAAAAAGAAAAAAGAACUGGUUUGGAACAGCAAUAUAUACUGAAGUCAUUGUAGAUGGAGAAAUUAAGAAAACAGCAAAAUCCAGUAGUUCUUCUAAUCCAAAGUGGGACGAGCAGCUGAUUGUAAAUGUGACCCCACAGACCACCCUGGAGUUUCGAGUUUGGAGUCAUCACACUUUAAAGGCAGAUGCUCUAUUAGGAAAAGCAACAGUGGACUUGAAACAAGUGCUGUUAACACACAACAGAAAAUUAGAAAAAGUGAAAGAACAAUUAAAACUUUCCUUGGAAAACAAGAAUGGAAUAGUGCAAACUGGGGAACUGACAGUUGUCCUUGAUGGAUUAGUGAUUGAGCAAGAAACUGUAACAAACCACAGCUCCUCGCCAACCAUAGAAAUUCAGCAAAAUGGUGAUGCCUUACAUGAGAAUGGAGACCCUUCAACAAGGACAACUCCCAGGUUGGCUGUUGAAGGUACUAUUGGAAUUGAUAAUCAUGUAUCAACAAAUACUGUUGUUCCUAACUCAUGCUGUUCACAUGUAGUUAAUGGAGAAAACACACCUUCAUCCCCGUCUCAGGUUGCUGCCAGACCCAAAAAUACUCCAGCUCCAAAACCACUCACAUCUGAGCCCACCACUGACACAGUUAAUGGAGAAUCAUCAUCUGUCCUAGCUGAUAAUACUUCAACCAUGGGUACUUCACUACCAUCUGAAGACACCACCUUGACUUCCAAUUGCACUAGCACCGCCAUCCAAGAGCCUCCUGUACAAGAACCCGCAGCAUCCUCAGAACACAAUGAAUGUAUUCCCUCUGUCAGUGCAGAAGUGGGACCAGAAGCUCGGAGCCUCAUAGACCCUGACUCUGAUUCUAGAAAUAAUUCUGUUUUUGACAAAGUAAGGCAGCCAGAAGGCUGUGUAGAACCUCUACGGCCACAGUCUGGAAACACCAACACAGAAUCUUUGCCAUCAGGGUGGGAACAGAGAAAAGAUCCUCAUGGUAGAACCUAUUAUGUGGAUCAUAAUACUAGAACUACUACAUGGGAAAGACCACAACCUUUGCCUCCAGGUUGGGAAAGGAGAGUUGAUGAUCGUGGAAGAGUUUAUUAUGUGGAUCAUAACACCAGAACAACAACCUGGCAGCGACCUACCAUGGAAUCUGUUCGAAAUUUUGAACAGUGGCAGUCUCAGCGGAAUCAAUUGCAGGGAGCUAUGCAACAAUUCAACCAACGAUACCUCUAUUCGGCUUCAAUGUUAGCUGCAGAAAAUGAUCCAUAUGGACCCUUACCACCAGGCUGGGAAAAAAGAGUGGAUUCGACAGACAGAGUUUACUUUGUGAAUCAUAACACAAAAACAACCCAGUGGGAAGAUCCAAGAACUCAAGGCUUACCAAAUGAAGAACCCCUGCCAGAAGGCUGGGAAAUUAGGUAUACCCGGGAAGGUGUUAGGUACUUUGUUGAUCAUAAUACAAGAACAACAACAUUCAAAGAUCCUCGCAAUGGGAAGUCAUCGGUAACUAAAGGUGGUCCACAGAUUGCUUAUGAACGCAGCUUUAGGUGGAAGCUUGCUCACUUCCGUUACUUGUGCCAGUCUAAUGCACUACCCAGUCAUGUAAAGAUCAAUGUGUCCCGACAGACAUUAUUUGAAGAUUCCUUCCAACAGAUUAUGGCAUUAAAACCAUAUGACUUGAGGCGGCGAUUAUAUGUAAUAUUUAGAGGAGAAGAAGGCCUUGAUUAUGGUGGCCUUGCAAGAGAAUGGUUUUUCUUGCUUUCCCAUGAAGUUUUGAACCCAAUGUAUUGCUUAUUUGAGUAUGCAGGCAAGAAUAACUAUUGUUUACAGAUAAAUCCAGCAUCAACUAUAAAUCCCGACCAUCUUUCAUACUUCUGUUUUAUUGGUCGCUUUAUUGCAAUGGCACUAUUCCAUGGAAAGUUUAUUGAUACUGGUUUCUCUUUACCAUUCUACAAGCGUAUGCUAAGUAAAAAACUUACCAUUAAGGAUUUGGAAUCUAUUGAUACUGAAUUUUACAACUCUCUAAUCUGGAUAAGAGAUAACAAUAUUGAAGAAUGUGGCUUAGAAAUGUACUUUUCUGUAGACAUGGAGAUUCUGGGAAAAGUUACUUCACAUGAUUUAAAGUUGGGAGGUUCCAAUAUCCUGGUGACUGAAGAAAAUAAAGAUGAAUAUAUUGGCUUAAUGACAGAAUGGCGUUUUUCUCGAGGAGUACAAGAACAGACCAAAGCUUUCCUUGAUGGGUUUAAUGAAGUUGUUCCCCUUCAGUGGCUACAGUACUUUGAUGAAAAAGAAUUGGAGGUUAUGCUGUGUGGCAUGCAAGAGGUUGACUUGGCAGACUGGCAGAGAAAUACUGUUUAUCGACAUUAUACAAGAAACAGCAAGCAAAUUAUUUGGUUUUGGCAGUUUGUGAAAGAGACUGAUAAUGAAGUACGAAUGCGACUCUUGCAGUUUGUCACUGGAACCUGUCGCUUGCCUCUAGGGGGAUUUGCUGAACUCAUGGGAAGUAAUGGGCCUCAAAAGUUUUGUAUUGAAAAAGUUGGCAAAGACACCUGGUUACCAAGAAGCCAUACAUGUUUUAAUCGCUUGGAUCUACCACCAUAUAAGAGUUAUGAACAACUAAAGGAAAAACUUCUUUUUGCAAUAGAAGAGACAGAGGGAUUUGGACAAGAAUGAAUGUGACUUGUCUUGGAGGAGCUCUUGCAUUUAAAUACCCCAGCCAAGAAAAAUUGCACAGAUAGUGUAUAUAAGCUGUUCAUUCUGUACAGUUAAUUUUCUGAACUUCUCAAAGUAUAAAUGUUUUCUGUUCUUCCACAGAAAUAUGCAAAACAUUUCAUCAUUUUCUACUUUAUUUAUUGUUCCCUUAAAACGACUGACCAGGAAAAAAAAAAUCAUCCUUAAAUUUUGACGCAAGCAAGAGAAUUUAUUAAAAAGUAUAUAUCUAUAUAACCAUAUAUGACAGUGGCUCUAGUUUUAUAGAGCGCCAGGUGUAUUAAAAACAUGGCAGCCGUUCAUUCACAAAACUCUGAAUUUGCUUUGCCUUGUUUGUGUUAUCCAGGGGAAAAGUGCAAAUGUUCCAUGUUCUUCUCCCAAAGUGACAUUGGAUUGUGUUUAGCUGCAUGGCUGUUCAGGAAGGUAUUUAGGGCUUAAGCCAACUAUUACUUUAAGUGUUUUUUUUUUUUUUUAAAUGCUGCUGGCUUUUCUGAAGACAAGUACUUCAACUGACUAAGUUGUACUAAUGAAUAGUUUAAAAAAAAAAUCCCAUCAUUGUUAUAUCAGAAAACAUAGAAGUCAUGUAAUAGAUCCAGUGGCCUCUAGGAGCAGCUGGAAUUGAUUUGCUGAACAACAGAGGUCUAUUUACAUGUUACUUUGGAUGUUGGGUAUUUGUGGAAGUUUAAAGAAUCAGGCAUUUCUAUACUUGACAUUUUUAAACUUGUAAUGUUCUUCAAAUUUAAUUAAUAAUAAAUUGAUAGUUCAAUACUUAGGUAUACAUAAAAGGUACUGAACUUUGCUGCUUUUGUGCUCAAGGUUUACUUUUAUGAAAUCAGAGAUGUCAUAAAUGGAUUGAAAAGUUGCAGAAGUAUUUAAAACACACUAAGUACUUUUUAUUAGUUUUUGAAUAUCCCCACCCCUUCCUUUCAAAAUCAAAAUUGCUUCUAAAUUCAGUAGGUAUAUUAAAAAAUCCUUCGUACCCCCUAUUUUAUAUAGAGCAAGUCUUCUCCAAAGGACACUGAUUUUUUUUUUUUCAUUAUAAGGGCAUUCAUGGUGUAUGAAAAAAAUUAAAAUCCAAUGUGAAUGAUACUGCUACUUUUAGCAAACUGGGCUUCCUAAUUAAUAUAAAACAUUAAUUUCCAUUUUUAUCCUUUCAGUAUGCACUGCGAAGUUCAUUAACUUAAAUUUUUCUAACUAUGAAGUUCACUUAGAAUUAUAACUUCUAUCCACUAGUUUAGUUUUGCUAAGAUUUUAUUUUUCUACUUUAGAUUAUGUUCUUCAGUUUUAUUCAGAAUUCAAAAAUAAAAGCAGUAGUCUACUUAGUUGAAUAAACUAUAGAAAAUCUGGUUAUUCUCAAGCUUAAAGAAUUUUUUUAAUUCUAAUAUAUGACAAGUUAUAUAGUAAAUGAUGGCCAGUCUUCAAAAGUCCUGCAUAAAUUAUUCUGUAAAAUAAUAAACUUGCUAUGACAGAAAGUAUUGGCUUUCAUUCAGUGGAGGUAUUUGAGACUAUCUUUUUGCAGAUAUGGUUCAAGGUGGCUUUCAGGUACCAUUUCAAGGAGCUGUUCCCUUUUGUUAAGUUACCUCACAUGAGUAACAGAACCCACAAGAUCAGACCAGCUUUCUGGGGAAGACUAGUUUGCAGACCUCAUCAGACUCUUUGUAUCUUUCAUCAUACCAGUUAUAGAUUUCAGACCUAAAAACUUGUUUACCUACCCAGUAGUCAACAUAAAGUCUUUAAAAGAGAUGUGAUUCACCUCCUGCUGUCUCUCCUUCCCAUCCCUGUUCUGAACUGGACCCUCUACACUUGGCUCACUGAAUACAGUCAGAGAAAGUAGGAGGUGAGGAGGACCGGGAGGCAGGUUAAUAAUGAUACUUUAUUAUACUGACAGUUCCCAACAUCACCAAUAAAUUGAGCUUAGGGAAUGGAUUAUCGACUUAAAACAAGUUUUACCAAUCAGCUCAGUCAUCUGUCUUUGGGAAAGAAGCUACUAUUUUUUUUUCUCUUCUGUAUUGUUUUUCUGUACUUCUUAGGCAGUUGAAAAUGAAAAUGUUAACAUUUUCUCCAGCUGACUUCAAUUAUCCUCCUAGAUCUAGGUGUUCUAAAUUAGGUAUUGUAUAUCCACUCCAUCAUUAGAUACUUGUGUUUGGGGUUCAAAAAGACCCUAACUAGUAAGCUGUUGCUGAGCUGAGAAAGCUCCUGACAUAUAGGAGGGAGCUGUAACUGCGUUUCCCUGAAUCUGAAAAGUCUUAAUAUUGCAUGACUUAAACUGUCACUUUAGGAGACUAUGGAUCUUGGGGAACCACGUGAUGUUCCUGCUCCAUUACUACUAUAUGUUCAUUUUCACAAAGGAGGUCUAACCUUGUACUGGUAGCUAGUCAAGGUUUCUGCACUGCAGUAUUCUGAGUUAAGGGAUACCAGAAAAUGUUGUUUACUGCAGACUUACUGGAUCCCAAUAUUUAAUUAAAUAACAUAAUCUAAGUAAACACUGAAGUAACAAAUCAGUUGUUGAAACAUGAAAUAAAAGUUCUCCUGUAACAUAUCCAACUUUCUUUAAUCUGUUGAACACAGAAAUCAAGUUUAAAGUCAACUGGAAAUUUGACACUAAUCUAAGUGUGCUCUUUCCUUAAUUCUAAAAGUUCUACUCCAAAAGUCAACAAAAUGUAAUUAAAAUGAUGGUAUUUCUUUUUAGUACUGAUUCUAUGUCUUUUUCAUGAACAAUUAUUUUGGUCCUUGUGAUUAACAUAGUGUCUUGCUUUCAUUACGCAUUUUUUAUAAAACAAGACAAGUCUUACCAAGCCAUGUUAUUUUGUAAUAUCCAUUGCCUGUUGGUGGGCCGUACUGGUAAUACUUUGUUAUCAAGAAGUGACAAAGGUUCAGUGCUAAACAUCAGGGGAAAGAGGGAAGCCAAAUAACCAAAAAAAGACCCCCAGCUUUCUCCUGGUGUCCUCAGAGACCUGGGCUCCCCUAUCUACUUCACUACCAAUAAACCCAAAUUCAGGUUUCACACAUUCUCAAAGACAGCAGACACACUUAAGGAGAGGAAAUCACUAUUGCCUGUGACCUAUUUUUUCUUCUCAAGUAAUCUGCCUUCUACUUUGAUGUCUUUUUUAAAAAAAUUUGGAUCCACAUGCAGUAUUCAUCUGAUCCUAUAAUGGCUUAACAAGAUCAUCUUCAAUUCCAUCCUUUGACUGCAAAAUGAAGUAAUUUCACUUUUUAUGACUGAAUAAAACUGGUUUUCGAAUCCUAUAAUGGCUUAACAAGAUCAUCUUCAGUUCUAUCCUUUGACUGCAAAAUGAGGUAAUUUCACUUUUUAUGACUGAAUAAAACUGGUUUGCAAAUAUAUUUUGUUUGUACACUUGGUGGAUGUCUACAUUGAUUCCAUAACUUGUUUGUAAACAAUGCCACAAUAAAUACCAAUGUAAAAUACCUUUAUUUUUAAUAGCCACAAAAAAACUAAAUACCUUCAGCAGAUGGAUAAAAUGGUUUAUUCAUAUAAUAAAAUAUUAACACUAAAAGGAAAAACUAUUGAUUGAACUUAGUUAUUAGAGGAUCUGGCUAAGUGAAAAGGCACAGUCUCAAAAGGUCAUAUUCUAUAAGAUUACAUUUGCCUAUGACUUUUAAAAUGACAAAUAUAUAACAGAUUAGUUGUUGUGUGUAUUCAGAAUGUGAGAGGGACUGAAAGUGGCUAUGUGUGACUAUAAAGAGCACUAAGUCUCUGAAAUAAAACAAAUCUGUAUCUUG